GUUUCAAAAUCUCAACGCUGGCACUGAGAGCUAGUGUGAAGUUUAGCCAACAUAUUUCACACGUCUGUUUCGUCUCUGCAGCUGGAGUAUGAGCCGAAAUGAAAUCGUACAUGUUGCCGUGAAUGUCGUGUAGCCUUUUCAGCCUUCCAGGUCGCGUUAUGAAGCGUUUUGACGAAUGAUGAAUAAUUAUCUUUUCAUCAGGGUCGUUGGGAAAGGCAGCUAUGGAGAGGUGAACUUGGUGAAACACAAAACAGACCGAAAACAGUAUGUUAUUAAGAAGCUGAAUUUAACCACCUCCUCCAAGCGGGAACGGCGUGCUGCAGAGCAGGAGGCACAGCUUCUGUCGCAGCUGCGACAUCCUAACAUUGUGACAUACAGAGAGUCUUGGGAAGGAGAUGACUGCCAGCUGUACAUUGUGAUGGGAUUCUGUGAAGGCGGUGACCUUUAUCAUCGACUCAAACAGCAAAAGGGGGAACUCCUACCUGAGAGGCAGGUGGUGGAGUGGUUUGUCCAGAUAGCCAUGGCACUCCAGUAUCUGCAUGAGAGGAAUAUUCUCCACAGGGACCUUAAAACACAGAACAUCUUCCUGACUAAGACCAACAUCAUUAAAGUUGGGGAUCUCGGCAUCGCAAGGGUAUUGGAGAACCAGAAUGAUAUGGCCAGCACACUCAUAGGAACCCCUUACUACAUGAGUCCAGAGCUCUUUUCUAAUAAACCCUAUAAUCACAAGUCCGAUGUAUGGGCCCUGGGCUGCUGUGUGUAUGAGAUGUCAACACUGAAACAUGCCUUCAAUGCCAAGGACAUGAACUCACUGGUUUAUCGCAUUGUAGAAGGAAAGCUGCCACAGAUGCCCAGUAGGUAUGACCCCCAGCUGGGAAAUCUGAUCAAGAGCAUGCUGUGUAAAAGACCUGAAGACAGGCCUGAUGUCAAACUCAUUCUAAGGCAGCCCUACAUCAAACGACAAAUUGCGAUGUUUCUGGAGGCCACUAAAGAAAAAGCUGCCAAGUCAAGAAAGAAAGCUGUGGGUGGCAGUGGUGAUUUUAGGGCCAACAGUGCAUCGCCUGUGGUGUCAUCUCAGCCAAAACCUGAGAGAAGUCCCCAGCCUGAACCUCUAGCAAGGGCAAAACGGAAAGAAGAAAAAUUACAACAACAUAAAGCUCGGAACAGCGUUCCAGACUGCACUCCAGUUCAAUCACCAUGUCCACCCAAACCCUCCUCACCAGAUGCUCUAAGAGCCAGCAUUGCAUCCCUAGCAACCAUCAGCAACAUUAAUAUUGAUGUCCAACUGCAGGAGGAUGAGGACCUGUUGAACAGACCGGUGCAGGGGCCCCAGUCAGCUGAGUCACGUCACUGUGCAAGUAAUGAACCUGUGACUCACACUGUGUGCAAAGACAGCAAGAGACGAGGGAAACCAGAUCCCUCUCCCCCUCCUUCCCCUGUGAAGCCCCCUCUGAAGUCUGGCUCAGGUGUUGGCAGUCGGGGUGUAGACGAGAGGAGGUCAUCCAAUGGAUUGUUAGACAUUAAUCCACAGGCCAUGCCACAUGCUAGGGAUACAUUUUCUGUAUGUGGGGAGAAACAGAUGUCAGAUGUGAAUAUUAAGGAUGAUACCAUGGAGUUACUUAAAGAGGCUGACAUGCAGAACCCAAAGCUGGAAGUGGAGAGAGAGGAUACUUUUUCUGUCCGUGAGAGGAGAUCCACACAAAAAAACAAUAAAGCCGAUAUUGGACUGGUUGUAGAAGAGAAUAUGAAUGAUAAAAGUGACACUGUUACCCUUCUCAAAGGAGCUCCAACAACACAUCAUACCUCAGACAUCCAAGAAAGCCUAGAAUCUACCGAAAAGCUGUUACAGCCAUUUCCUCCAACACCGGAGCCUGUAGAGGAAGAGUCUUCCUUACCAGCCAGUAGGCCGGAUCUGACCAAUCCAGGUCAAACUUCCCUGCACUUCUCAUCAGAACCGUCUCUAUCACAUCACCACAGAGGAAGGGACAUAAGACAGACAAAUGGAGGUCAGGACAAGUCCAAGGUGGCUGCAGCUCGACCUUUACCUCCACCUCCUGUUGACAUUGUACAUGUGGAAAGGAGGAAAAGGAGCAGGAGGAGUAAAGAGGACAAAAAUGCUGGUGUAGCUACAACCUCCACAUCAGUUAGUUCCUCUAAGGACGGAUUCUUACUACUGCCACAGGAUCGUCCUCUGUCUGCCAGAGAGAGAAGGAGACUGAGGCAGUCCCAGGAGAGUGUCAUCCAACCCGGUGUCAGUGUUAGACGGGCAUCUUAUGAUGUUACUUCUAACACAGAUGAGCAUUACCACGCUCCAGUGACCAGAUCUGUUUCAGAGUCUAUCACUGAGACCGACUAUAAGCAGGAUAAGUUACCGGAGCAAAGGUCAGAUGAAGACGAGUGCAGCUCAUCCACAAGUUCUACAGAACGUUCGGAGGGAGACUGCACAGAAAGGAAGACUGAAUCCAGAGACAUGCAGGAUUUAGUUCACAUGAUGACACAAACUCUGAGAAUGGAUACUGGAGGUGGUGUGAGUGAACAGGAAAAAAGCAGAUUUGGUUCUAGUGCACUGCCAGAAUUUAAACUGAACAGGAAGUACAGAGACACACUGGUGCUUCAUGGGAAGGCUCAAGAGGAAGCUGAAAACUUGUCACUUGGUGAAAUACCAAUUGGCUCCACGUCUGGUCCAGCUAAGCUCAGGAGAGCCAUAGAGAACCUGAGAACCGAUGUGGUGAAGGGCCUGGGUGUCAAGCUGCUGGACAAAGUCCUGGAAAUCAUGGAUGUGGAGGACGACACCAAACGAGAAUUGUGCCUCCGUGACCAGAUGGGGGAUGAGAAUUACCAAGCUUAUGCAGUGAUGGUGAGGCAGCUGAAAUUCUUUGAGGAUAUCGCCAUCAAGGUUUAAAGAAAAUGCUGUCUAUAUGGGAGAGUACACAUCCGCAUUUCCAUGGCACUACGUGUGAGAAGAGGCAAACUUGUAUGAAAUGAUAACCUGUAAACAUUGUUCAUGAGAACUCAUUUUUCUGCAAAAACACCAACCUGCCUGUGUGCCAUUGCAGGUUGUCACAAAAUUGUAACGAUGCAGCUGCUCUUGUACAACAAUCUUAUGUAAAUGACUGUGUACAUUUUUUAAAUUUCCUGUUAUUCUUUAAACAGAGUUUGUUAAUAUUCCUUUAAUUUUCAGGAUGUCUAUGCAAAGAGUUUGAGUCAUGUUUAAGCACUCCUUGUCUUUUUACUUUCUGUAGUUGAAACUUGUUUAUAAUGCAAGCUAGAAUUUCAGUAGUUUUACUUAUGCUGUAUCUAUGAAGGCACUAGAUCUCACUUCUGCUGCUGUAUUGUAUUUUCUUAAAGACAAAAUAAUGUAGAUACAUUGUAGAUAUUAACAUUUGAAUCUUUUAUAAUAAAUCCUAAAUGCAUCUUUUGUUUGCAAACAUUUUCUAUAAUGUUGGGAACCACAAUAAAACAUGUUUAAUUGACUGUGACAAUAAAAAGAAUAUUGCAUCUUUGUGCACAAUGACCCCCGAAUUUUAGACAUAAAUGAAACACCAAUCUAGAACACCCAUUAAUAAAACAGGGAGUAUCAGAUGUUUAUUAUUUGGACCCAUUAUUGACUGACAAGUACUGUAGAUCAUUUUUCCUUCCAAACUCUUCGAUGUGUGAACUGUAAAACAAAAGCUAGCCUCCGAUAGAAAGGAUGUAUGAACAGCCGUGCAAGGAUAGUUCUGAGUUAUUUGUGUUUCUUCUUCUUAAGAG